CGACCGUGGCAGGAGGAGAGCACUGACAGAGGGACGCUGUCCUCCCGUGCCGACACUUCAUCCAUUUAGGCGUGAUUUAACAGCGGACUAUUAGGUGGGGGGAGGAUAUUUCGUUCUUCUAGCUCUUACUGUGUCUCUCGUUACCGGGCUGUGAGGAGGAACCUGCCCGGGUUAGCCUGUUAGCCACUCACUCCGACUACAUGGCCAGCUAGCACAAUAAAGCUAACUGUCGGACCCGGCGAAGUGGAGAGAGCUGAGGACGGGAAUGGCAAAGAGUCCACUCGGAUAGCCCAUUUGAGAAGAAACGACGACUAACCAGACAAAACCAGUCAUAGUUUCUGUAACGGGUUUAAUUAUCGGUUGUUGAAGUUACUGUGAUCCCCAACAUGGUGCAGAAGUACCAGUCACCUGUGCGGGUGUACAAACAUCCCUUCGAGCUGGUGAUGGCGGCUUACGAGCGCCGCUUCCCCACCUGUCACCUCAUCCCCAUGUUCGUGGCCAGCGACGUGGUGGAAGAGGAAACGAGCGAGGACGGAUCCACCCACAGGGUCGAGCGCCGCUGUGCACUGGACGUGGACGCCCCGCGCCUCCUCAAGAGGAUUGCAGGCGUGGACUAUGUGUACUUCAUCCAGAAGAACACACUUAACAGAAAAGAGAGGACGCUCCAUAUCGAGUCCCAUAAUGAGACCUUCUCCAACAGGGUCAUCAUCCAUGAGAUCUGCUGCUAUUCGGUCCACCCGGAGAAUGAGGACUGGACGUGUUUUGAGCAGACCGCCAGCCUGGACAUCAAGUCUUUCUUUGGCUUUGAGAGCACAGUGGAAAAAAUUGCAAUGAAGCAGUAUGCCAGCAGUAUCAAAAAGGGAAAAGAAAUCAUAGAGUUCUACCUGAAGGAGCUCGAAGAUGAGGGGAUCACACAAGUGCCCCGCUGGACUUCUUCCUCCUCCUCCCUCUCCCUGCCUCCCCCCAGGCCGACCAGCCUCUCCGCCAGCCCACCUGUCCUCCCUAAACUCGCGGUCACGCCCGCCAUUUCCAUCCCGCUACCCGCCGACGCCAAGGACAGCGACUCUCAGGACGCCAAGCAGGACAGCAGUGCACUUCAAGGGGACAACCUGACUGAGAUCCUGGCUGGAACACCUGACGAUAAGCUGGAUGCAGAUUAUAUCAAACGUUACCUUGGCGACCUGACCCCCCUGCAGGAGAGCUGUCUCAUCAGACUUCGCAAAUGGCUGCAGGAGACACACAAGGGAAAGAUCCCCAAGGACGAGCACAUCCUGCGUUUCCUGCGAGCCAGGGACUUCAACAUGGACAAGGCCCGGGAGAUUCUGUGCCAGUCCCUGACCUGGAGGAAGCAGCACCAGGUGGACUACCUGCUGGAAACCUGGAGCUCACCACAAGUCCUCCAGGAUUACUACACCGGGGGCUGGCACCACCAUGACAGAGAUGGUCGUCCUUUGUACAUACUGAGGCUGGGCCAGAUGGACACCAAAGGACUGGUCCGCGCUCUCGGAGAGGAGUCUCUGCUCAGACAUGUGCUGUCAAUCAACGAGGAGGGUCUGAGACGCUGUGAAGAGAACACCAAGGUGUUUGGGCGACCCAUCAGCUGUUGGACUUGUCUGGUAGAUCUGGAGGGUCUGAACAUGCGUCACCUGUGGCGGCCAGGAGUCAAAGCCCUGCUGAGGAUCAUUGAGGUUGUGGAAGCCAACUAUCCAGAGACUCUGGGACGCCUGCUUAUCUUGAGAGCUCCCAGAGUUUUCCCGGUCCUGUGGACACUGGUGAGUCCAUUCAUCGAUGAAAACACCCGCAAGAAGUUCCUGAUCUAUGCAGGCAAUGACUACCAAGGUCCCGGAGGUCUGGUGGACUACAUAGACAAGGAGAUCAUCCCUGACUUCCUGGGAGGAGAGUGUAUGUGUGAGGUACCAGAGGGCGGCCUUGUUCCCAAGUCUAUGUACCGCACGGCGGAAGAGCUCGAGAACGAGGAUGUCCGCCUGUGGACCGAGACCAUCUACCAAAGCGCCAGCAUCUUCAAAGGAGCUCCACAUGAGCUUCUGAUUGAGAUCAUCGACGCGUCCUCCGUCAUCACCUGGGACUUCGACGUCUGCAAAGGCGACGUGGUUUUCAACAUUUACCACUCCAAGCGGGCCCCUCAGCCACCACGCAAGGACGCCCUGGGAGCCCACGGCAUCACCUCCCCGGGAGGCAACAACGUCCAGCUCAUCGACAAAUCCUGGACGCUGGGUCAAGAUUACAGCAUGGUAGAGUCCCCGCUCACCUGCAAGGAGGGAGAGAGUGUGCAGGGCUCCCAUAUUACACGAUGGCCAGGUUUCUACAUCCUCCAGUGGAAGUUCCACAACAUGACAGCCUGCUCGGCCACCAACAUGCCACGAGUGGACGAUGUGCUGGCCACCCUGCAGGUGUCCUCACACAAAUGUAAAGUCAUGUACUACACCGAGGUGUUGGGCUCUGAGGACUUCAGGGGUUCGAUGACCAGCCUGGAGUCGAGCCACAGCGGCUUCUCGCAGCUCAGCGCCGCCACCACCUCAUCACAGUCCAGCUCCAUGAUCUCCAGGUAGAAACUGGAAGCAAAGGAUUUUUGACACCCACAACAACCCCCCGCCCCCAUUGCUCCUACCGUCAACACCGAAGCCAACUCUU